AUGGUCAUCACUUUUCCAGUUUCCCACAAAUGUUGUCCAGAACAGAUAAAUUCUUGCUGCAGGGUAACUUUGGUGAACAGCAGCAAAUUCCUAGUUACCUUCUCCAAUACAGAUACAUUCAGAAACUUGUGCUUCAUUCAUGUGAUCAACGAAAUGAGAAUGCCUGCUCUAGUUGGCGCAGCGAUGUUGCUGCUGCUGUUGCUGCUGAGGGGCAGCAUAACACUGGCGGCAGCAGCAAGUUCCGUGAACAUCGCUUUGCCCGGCUGCAAGAGCAAAUGCGGCGAUGUGGACAUCCCCUACCCCUUCGGCACCACCCCCGUCUGCUACCGGCCUGGCUUCAUGGUCACCUGCAAUGAGACGCACAGCCCACCGAAGCUGUUCCUGGACAAUGGUGCCAGUCCCGGUCCUGGCCCUGAGGUUGUCGAGAUAUCUCUGGCGAACAGCACGGUGCGUGUCGGGAGCUGGGUUUCACACUUCGUCGCCGGCAACACGAGCCACGUGCAGCUGGCCUUCAGCCGCGGCUCCCCCUUCGUGCUGUCGGCCAAGGCGAACAGCCUCGUCAUCAUGGGGUGUGGCUUCCGUGUCCUCCUGCACAUCGUUGACGGGUGGACAUAUGGCUCCUGCGCGUCCUUCUGUCCGAUCAAUAACAGCACCGGCGAGCCGUUCUUGCCCGAUGUCGUGUGCAACGGCAUCGGCUGCUGCCAGCCGUCCAUUCCGAUUGGCCUUCGGUCCUGCCGUAUCGAGCUCUCCUCGCUCGACGGUGCUGGCAGGUGCCCGACCGCGCCGUCCCCGUCCCCAGCCCCGGCUCCAGCGUUCAACGCGAGCGUGCAUAUGGUGGAGCAGGAGUGGUGGAGUGACGGGUCACACGUCUAUGGUCUUCAGCAAUACUUCAUGGACCUCCUGUCUUACCCUGACAUGAGCCCGUUCUUCGUUCCUGCCAUUGCAGCCUGGGGGUUGGGCGAGUUAUCCUGCGAAGAGGCCGCCCGGAGGCCAGAUUUUGGGUGCCGCAGCAAGAACAGUGUGUGCCUCAACUCCACAAAUGGCGCCGAAGGCUAUGUCUGCCGGUGCAGUGAUGGCUACCAGGGCAAUCCAUACAUGACAAAUGGAUGCCAAGGAGGGCGAGGUCGUCUAGCAGCUGGAAUAAUUUUCUCCAUAGGAGUUGGCAGCGGCAUAAUUAUUUUGCUUCUAGUUCUUGCUGUCGCCUUUGCAAUAAAAAAGGUCAAGGAUCAGAAAGCAAAAAGGAUGAAGGAAUAUUUCUUCAAGCAAAACCGUGGGUUAUUGCUCCAGCAGUUAGUAGACACAGAUAUAGCUGAAAGGAUGAUUUUCAGCUUAGAAGAGCUUGAGACAGCAACGAAUAAAUUUGAUGAAGCUCGCAUUCUCGGUGGUGGAGGGCACGGCACAGUGUACAAAGGCAUUUUAUCAGACCAACAUGUCGUUGCUAUAAAGAAGUCCAAAACCGUAAUCAAAAGAGAGAUCGACGAGUUCAUAAAUGAAGUUGCCAUCCUUUCUCAAAUCAAUCACAGGAAUGUGGUAAAGCUGUUUGGUUGCUGUCUCGAGACAGAAGUUCCAUUGCUAAUCUACGAGUUCAUUUCGAAUGGUACCCUCUAUGCCCAUCUUCAUACUGAUGGUCCUCAAUCACUAUCAUGGAAAGACAGAUUACGAAUUGCAUUUGAAGUUGCAAGUUCUUUGGCCUAUCUUCACUCGGCUGCUUUGAUAUCAAUAAUCCACAGGGACAUCAAGACAUCUAACAUACUGCUAGAUGAUCGCUUGACGGCAAAAGUGUCAGACUUUGGCGCUUCUAGAGGUAUUGCAAUCGACCAAUCAGGGGUAACAACUGCCAUCCAAGGAACUUAUGGAUAUCUGGAUCCUGAGUACUACUACACAGGCCGACUGACGGAGAAGAGCGAUGUUUACAGCUUCGAUGUCAUGCUUGUGGAACUACUUACAAGAAAAAAACCAACCGGCUACGUGCCAUCAGAAGGCGUCAGUCUAGUAGCACACUUCAUGUUGCUGUUGAACCAAGAUAGACUGAAGGAAGUACUAGAUUCACAGGUUUCCCAGGAGGCUGGGGACGAAGCCAAGGAAGUAGCGGCAAUCGCAGCAAUGUGCUUGGGGAUGAAGGGGGAAGACAGGCCGACCAUGCGGUACGUGGAAACGAAACUCCAGGGGCUGCAGAGUUUGGAGAACACCGUGAAGGCCGACCCAGAAAUGGAAGAAGUUCCGGUUAAACUACGUCACAGAACAUUUGAAAGAAGCAGAGACAAUGCUGAUAAGGAGGGUCACAGUAACAGCAGGCGAUAUAGCAUGGAGGAGGCGAUGUUGUUUUCAGCGAGCUUGCAGCGAUGA